CAUAGUUGUCAGCAGCAAGGUAUAACUAAAGCGGUUGUGUUCUUUCACUCAGAGAGAAACACCCGCCAUGGGCCCGUCUUCACUCAAGAACCAAGUGACAGCAUUUUCCCCUUGAGAUCUGAGGACAACAAGGUGUUCAUCAAUUGUAAAGCAAAGGGAAACCCAGACCCGCAUUAUAAGUAGGCGCUUGUCCCUUAAACUCUUUAACUUUUCAUACCUUUCCUCUUGUCACUAUUUUAAUUUAGAAUAAUAUUUUGUCCUGUGGCCAUGAUGGUUUAUACUGUCUGAUAGUGAUGAAUAGUCAUUGUGUUUAUGUGUGUUGCUCUACAGAUGGAAGGUUGAUGGGAGAGAUAUUCACAUGGAUUUGAACUACAACCUGGUUGAAGGAAACCUGUUGAUCAAUACCCCCCAUGCAACACAUCAUGGGGGUGUUUACCAGUGUAUUGCUACCAAUGCCUUUGGAACCAUCGUCAGCAGGGAGGCCAAGGUUCAGUUUGCAUGUGAGUAGAUUUGGACUUCUAUCUAAUACAAAGGAACAACAAAACACUGCCAUUUCAGACAUUUAUCUAAACACAAUUCAUUUUCAAGUGUAUUUUUAGAGACAUAUGUCUUAGAGACACAUUCAGUUUUUCUUGUCAUGACACAUCGAGUGAAGACGUGAUUUGCUACGAUUUAACGCACGAUUAAGUACAGCAUAAGCAAAUCAUUCAGGUUAGGAACCCCAAAAGGGUUUUUCCUCUCAUUCUGGAAGCAUGUUUUAAUUUGAGAAGAGCUGUUACUGGGGGUAAUUGCCGUGUUGACAUGCACUAAGCCUGCAGCUCCAUUAGUGAUUAGUGUAAGUCUGAAUCUUAGAAUGGUUUUAACACUGGCUUAAUGUUACACCCUGACUAAAUCACAUCAUCUGGAGCAUUUCAACAACAGAUGGGCACUUUUUCUCUCUCCCUCUCACUCAAAUGCACUGUGAAAUUCACUCCCUCUAUAGAUUGUGAAAAGAUAAACAUAAUUCCAGACUAAAGUUAUCCUAUGAAUCCAUCAACACAUUUAUUUACAUCUCUGGAGAUAAUACCAAGACUAACCCAGUUGUAAUGGUCCACCUAAGGGAUAUGCCUUGGUAGACCUGGUUGGGUGUUCAUGUGUCAAUAGAACAUUGCUUUAUGUUGUUUCAUUUUACAAUGCAGGUUUACUGACAGGCUCAGCUAAUUAACCAAUCCAAACCAAUCCCACAUUACAUUAGGGAAGUUAUAACCGAACUCAGGGGGUAGGGGGUUGUAUUUUUCAUGCAGGAAGUGCUCAUACUUGAUAUUUUCAUUUAAAUGGUGAUAAGCCUUCGGAUGAGAUGAGACUUUAUUAUUGUUGAUAUUUGCCUGCCCCCUCUUGGGAUUUGAAUGAUAUUUCUGAAGGUUUGUGGUCCCUAGUGCUGUCUAUUUUUCCUUAUAAUGCAGCAGCAUAUAAUGAAAAGUGAAAAUGAUCUGUAAACCCAGUUUAGAGAGAGGUAUUUAUGUCUCUCCCUGUUCACACAUAUCACUGGUGGUAUUAACAGGGAAGUAAAGUAAAUGAGGUAUAAGCAAUGUGCAUAGAGAGGAACACGGUCUUCAAAAUUAAAAUGCCCUCUCUAAAUUCUCACUGCACUGUAGAGGGGGUUCAACUAUAGACAUCUGAAAGUGAUCAAAGCCCCUUUGUCUUUACCUCCCCACAGAUCUGCAGAACUUCAGCAGAAAGCCCAGGAACACAGUGUCAGUGAGAGAAGGCCAGGCUGUGGUGCUACUGUGUGGCCCUCCACCCCAUAACGGAGGUACCACACUCUUAGAAAAAAAGGUGCUAUCUAGAACCUGAAAGGAUUCUUUGGCUGUCCCCAUAGGAGAACCCUUUGAAGAAGCCUUUUUGGUUCUAGGUAGAGCCUUUUUGGGUUCCAUGUAGAACCCUUUCCAUGGAUGGUUCUACAUGGAACCCAAAAGGGUUCUACCUAGAACCAAAAAGGGUUCUAUCUGGAACCAAAAAGGGUGCUCCUAUGGGGACAGCUGAAAAACCCUUUUGGAACCCUUUUUUCUAAGAGUGUUUAACACUUUGCAUCCUCAACCCUUACAGAUUCUAUGCUGCUUCACUCUCACUCACGCCCCAGCUAUCUUAUGGUUCUUCACUCUCAUACCCACUUUCUUUCCCCAACACUGCUGCACGUCUUUGCUCUCAUAUCUACUAUUUCUUCUCACUUCUUGUCUUUCAUAUUCUGCUCUCUCUCUCUUCCUUUUAUGAUCAUUCCUACUGGACUGUAGCAGGAUCACUCAUCUUCCUGAACUCUCCCCAAACUCCAAAUGCCUUUACAUCCUCAGUUCAUACCCUCACACUUCAUGGCCUCAAGCUCACUUUUUCCCAAUGUGACCCGCUACCAUGCUGUCAUUUGUAAAGCCUCCGGCGCUCCACUUCCUUCCAUAGCGUCAGGUUUUUUCAGUGUAGACUGGGUAUCUGUGGGUAAUAAAGGCUCCUGGUGGCUGGUGUGUCGGGGGGGGGGGGGGGGAUCGUUUAUCCCGUGGCACAGCUGUGAGUCUGUUCCGUGUCUGUGUGCUGCUGAUUAGCAGACCCUCAAAGUGCCCCGCACUCCUGAAGCCAUUCCGCACCACUACCACAAUUUCACGCCAGCGCACCAGCAUUUCUCCACUCUCUGUUUCCAACUGAAUCAAUGGCCACAAGGGAUUCAAACCGUACCUUUUCACAAUCUGUCCUCCUUUUCCCCAAAAUGCCUUCAUCUCUUUAUUUUAUAUUUUCCAGUUUUUCUUCCAGAUAGACAUUUGAUGGGAUUGUGUUUCACAAUGCCGCUGUCUCCAGGUGGAUGUCAAAGGAAGGGCAUAAAUGCUUGAAUUGGAGAACAAUGCUGUGGAUUUUAUAUCCAAGCAAACAUGUUUGUUUUCUGCCAUAACCUGCAGUAAUGUCAAACCAAUUUAGUGCAAGUUAAUGCUUAUACAGAAAUACACAGAGCCAUAUAAAUAGGAGAUACAUGUUAUUUGAAGCAACUUUGAGCCAUCAGUAGUAGGUGUUCUAAAAUGGUCUGUGUUCAGUGUUAAAUUCUGCGAGUCCUCUGUUGCUGUGAGACCAAAACCCUUCAGCAGAACCACUCCAUAAUACUCUCUAAUCAUGAAAGGUCUGUCACUCUGCCCUGACUUUCACUAUGAUCCUUUUUAAUUCACUGUUUCCCUGAAGGAAGCAAUAUGAUGUUUUACUGUCUGCCCAGUCAAAAGACUGACUGCAGGAUGUAAUGUGUUUCUGAUCAGAGGGGCUCUAACACCCCAGCCCAUCCUACCCUCCCUGUCCCCUAAGAAGCUCUUAAUUUGACAUUGAUGUCUCCAGAUCCCGCUGCUCCAUGCCCCCCCCCCCCCCCCCACCCCCCCUCCCCUGUCUCUCUUUCACUCUCUCUCUCAUUAAAGGGAGGCCGAGUCUAAAGGCUGUCAGGACAAAAAGGACCCAGCCUAGAUUACGAUAAUGUUUUUGAACUUAUAAAUUACUCCACUGUCUGUGUGAUCGGCACAAGCCUGUGGCACUGACCCUUAAUACGUGUGGGAGGAGGUUGCUAUCUGGGCUAACUGAAAAUGGAAUUCAAUAGUGUAUCCAAAUCUCUGCUUACUCUCUGAAAUGCUUGGAGAUGUGAAAAGAGCAAGGUUCAGCCAUGUUAAGCUGUUGAGCUAAAAAUCAUAACAUUAUUGAAUGAUGCAUUAUUAAAUUAUAAACUGUUUGAAAUACUGCUGUUGAGUAUGUCGAUGGCAACAGUACUCACAGACUAGAAUGUCAUGACUGUCAUGGAUGUGCUACCAUCUGUUUAGUGUAACUGCUUUGUGAACUGCCCCCUGCACAUAUCUGGCAUGGGAAAUGGCAAAGUCUUAUCACACUGUCUAAAUGCAAUGUUAAUAGAUAUUAUAAGAUGCAACUACUGUAUGUCUCCACCCUUUUUAUAGCUACAGUACAGGUACAAGAAUCUAACCUAAUCUAUUGUCUAUUCUUAGUUUCACCACACUGGCAGAUUUUAUAAUGUCAUUGGCACAAGUAUCUCUUCCUUUGUCAAUACCCACGAUCCUCUGUGGUCGCUGCUGUCUGUGCUCUUCCUCUGCAGAGAUCAAAUACUCGUGGGUUUUCAACGGACGCCCAAGUUUCCUGCUGCAGGAUACCCGCCGCUUUAUCUCCCAGAGGACUGGCAACCUGUACAUUGCCAAGGUGGAGGCCUCCGAUGUGGGGAACUACACGUGUGUGGUGAGGAACAUGAUGACCAACGCCACCGUGUACAGCUCACCCACCCCUGUGGUGCUGCGCAGGGACGGUGAGCAUGCUCCACUGCCUUCACUAGCUCCACUGGCUACUGCUUAUCCUGCAUGCUGAACUUGCCUGUACCGUUGAGGGGUGUGAAAGCUAAGGAGAUAAAUCAGUCAUCUUGAGCGUGACAGUGUUUGUUUAGCUGCUGCUCGGGAGCAGGAGCGGGGUUGUGCAGUAUUCACACUACAGAGCUGUAGGUCUGAUACCGCAUUCAAAACAACUGGGAACUCAGAAAAAUACGAGGUCAAAUCAUGACGCCAGUGAUCUUCAGGUCGGAAAGUUGGAGCUCUAGAAAGAGGCCCGUGUUGGCUGACCGUUGAAAGCGAUUUUUCCCAGUCGGAGCUAGUUUUUUUCAGAGUUCUCAGUUGUUUUGAACGCACUGAAGUCGGAAGUCUGAGAUUUACGAGUUCCCAGUUCCCAGUUGUUUUGAACGCGGCAUGAAAAGUAAUCCCUCCCUCUGCAUGAAAAUACAUGUUUACGCAUUUACAUAUCCAGAACUGUAGAGUACAUAGACACACACAGAAACACAUACAUGCACAUGCACACAAACACGUUUCUGCACAGGGAGAUUCACCUCACCAACCCCAUUACUACUGAAUAUACAGCGUGUGCCACUUAAGAUUUGAGCUGGAGCAGAGAUGUUAUAAAGCAUAUGUUGUAAAGCAUAUUAACACGCAGGCUUGGCCUUUACCAACCUGCUCUGUGCCACAGUUCUGGCAUUUAAUUUGAAUUAUAGAACGCAACGUUCAUUUUGUGUUUGAAUUAAUGUGAUGUUCUUUCACCUCACACAGCUGUAAUGGGAGAGUAUGAGCCAAAGAUCGAAGUUCAGUUCCCCGAAACUCUUCAUGUCACCAAAGGAUCAUCAGUGAAACUGGAAUGUUUUGCCUUAGGAAAGUAGGUCUCAAAUCAAAUCAAAUUUAAUUUGUCACAUGUGGCGAAUACAACGGGUGUAGACUUAACCGUGAAAUGCUUGCUUAGGAGCCCUUCCCAACGAUGCAGAGUUUUAAAAAAUGGUCAGAAAAAGAACAAUUGUAACACAAGAUGAAUAAAAUACACAAGAAUGGAGCUAUGUACAGGGAGUACAAGUACCAGAUCACUGUGAAGAGGUACGAGGUAUUUGAGGUAGAAAUGUACAUGAAGGCAGGAUAAAGUGACUAGGUAUCAGAAUAGAUAAGAGUAAAAUAAAGAAUAGAGUAGCAGCAGCAAAUGAUGACUGUGUAUGUGUGUGUGUGUUAUGUGUGUGUGCGUAUGUAGUGUAUGUGAAUGUGUGUGAGUGUGUAUAUAGUGUGUAUACUGAGUGUACAAAACAUCAAUGACACCUGCUCUUUCCAUGGCAUAGACUAACCAUGUGAAUCGAGGUGAAAGCGAUGAUCCCUUAUUGAUGUCACUUGUUAAAUCCACUUCAAUCAUUGUAGAUGAAGGGGAGGAGACAUGUUAAAGAAGGAUUUUUAAGCCUUGAGACAAUUGAGACAUGGAUUGUGUAUGUGCCAUUCAGAGGGAGAAUGGGCAAGACAAAAUAUUUAAGUGCCUUUGAACAGGGUCUGGUAGUAGGUGCCAGAUGCAUCGGUUUGAGUGUGUCAGGAACUGCAACGCUGCUGGGUUUUUCAAGCUCAAUAGUUUCCCGUGUGUAUCAAGAAUGGUCCACCACCCAAAGGAUAUCCUCCAGACAACUUGACACAACUGUGGGAAGCAUUGGAGUCAACAAUUGCCAGCAUCCUUGUGGGAUGCUUUCGACACCUUGUAGAGUCCAUGCCCCAAUAAAUUGAGGCUGUUUUGAGGGCAAAAGGUGGUGGGGGGGGGGUGUCCUUAAUGUUUUGUACACUCAGUGUAUAGUCUUGUGAGUGUGCAUAGAGUCAGUGCAAGAUAGCGUUAGUGCAGAUAGUUCGGGUAACCAUUAAUCAACUGCGAUCAUUAGCAAGCACACUGUAGCAGCGUCACAUAGUCAUUGCAUAUGGAAUUUCAUAUUCUGAGAAUGUACUGUAUUAGUCAUUGGCCAGACAUCUCCCAUGGCACACAACAAUAUUAGAUAUCUAUGUCUGGCAACUAAUGUAUUAAUAAUAAGUGUCAGUAUGAAGCAUGUGGCUCUGGUGACCUUUCCUGCCUGACCUCGCCAGCCCAGUGCCUUCCAUCACAUGGAGGAGAACAGAUGGGAAUCCCCUCCCUGGCAAGAUCAAAAUCAAUCAUUCCAACGGGGUCCUGGAAAUACCAUAUUUCAGACUGGAGGAUGCUGGUGUAUAUGAGUGUGUUGCAGAGAACUCCAGAGGAAAGAACAUUGCCAAAGGACAACUCAUAUUCCAGAGUAUGAUCACUCACAACAUAUAUAGAUGAACAGUUGUAUGUUGCUUUUGUGAUACAGUUGAAGUCAGAAGUUUACAUACACUUAGGUUGGAGUCAUUAAAACUCGUUUUUCAACCACUCCACAAAUGUCUUGUUAACAAACUAUAGUUUUGGCAAGUCGGUUAGGACAUCUACUUUGUGCAUGACACAAGUAAUUUUUCCAACAAUUGUUUACAGACAGAUUAUUUCACUUAUAAUUCACUGUAUCACAAUUCCAGUGGGUCAGAAGUUUACAUACACUAAGUUGACUGUGCCUUUAAACAGCUUGGAAAAUUCCAGAAAAUGAUGUCAUGGCUUUAGAAGCUUCUGAUAGGCUAAUUGACAUCAUUUGAGUCAAUUGGAGGUGUACCUGUGGAUGUAUUUCAAGGACUACCUUCAAACUCAGUGCCUCUUUGCUUGACAUCAUGGGAAAAUCAAAAGAAAUCAGCCAAGACCUCAGAAGAAAUGUUGUAGACCUCCACAAGUCUGGUUCAUCCUUGGGAGCAAUUUCCAAACGCCUGAAGGUACCACGUUCAUCUGUACAAACAAUAGUACGCAAGUAUAAACACCAUGGGACCAUGCAGCCAUCAUACCGCUCAGGAAGGUCUCCUAGAGAUGAACGUACUUUGGUGCGAAAAGUACAAAUCUAUCCCAGAACAACAGCAAAGGACCUUGUGAAGAUGCUGGAGGAAACAGGUACAAAAGUAUCUAUAUCCACAAUAGAACGAGUCCUAUAUCAACAUAACCUGAAAGGCCGCUCAGCAAGGAAGAAGCCACUGCUCCAAAACCGCCAUAAAAAAGCCAGACUACGGUUUGCAACUGCACAUGGGGACAAAGAUCGUACUUUUUGGAGAAAUGUCCUCUGGUCUGAUUAAAUAAAAAUAGAACUGUUUGGCCAUAAUGACCAUUGUUAUGUUUUGGAUGAAAAAGGGGAACGCUUGCAAGCCGAAUAACACCAUCCCAACCGUGAAGCAUGGGAGUGGCAGCAUCAUGCUGUGGGGGUGCUUUGCUGCAGGAGGGACCGGUGCACUUCACAAAAUAGAUGGCAUCAUGAGGAAGGAAAAUUAUGUGGAUAUAUUGAAGCAACAUCUCAAGACAUCAGUCAGGAAGUUAAAGCUUGGUCGCAAAUGGGUCUUUCAAAUGGACAAUGACCCCAAGCAUACUUCCAAAGUUGUGGCAAAAUGGCUUAAGGACAACAAAGUCAAGGUAUUGGAGUGGCCAUCACAAAACCUCAAUCCUAUAGAAAAGUUGUGGGCAGAACUGAAAAAGCGUGUGCGAGCAAGUUGGCCUACAAACCUGACUCAGUUACACCAGCUCUGUCAGGAGGAAUGGGCCAAAAUUCACCCAACUUAUUGUGGGAAGCUUGUGGAAGGCUACCUGAAACGUUUGACCCAAGUUAAACAAUUUACAGGCAAUGCUACCAAAUACUAAUUGAGUGUAUGUAAACUGCUGACCCACUGGGAAUGUGAUGAAAGAAAUAAAAGCUGAAAUAAAUCAUUCUCUCUACUAUUAUUCUGACAUUUUACAUUCUUAAAAUAAAGCGGUGAUCCUAACUGACCUAAGACAGGGAAUUUUUACUAGGAUUAAAUGUCAGGAAUUGUGAAAAACUGGGUUUAAAUGUAUUUGGCUAAGGUGUAUGUAAACUUCCGACUUCAACUGCAGGUGAUAAUGAUUUUAACUGUACAUAAGCAUACAGGAUUUCCUCAUUUUAUUUCCCAUGCUUGUAGAUGCUUAUUUGUGUAAUAAUGAAACAAUUCAAAAACUAUAAUUGGGUUUUCAACAUUAAAUUCCUAAAUAGAACUAAUAAUAACUAACAAUUCCUUGAAUGGUAAUGGGCUUAUCUGUCUUUUGUCAACGUUUAGCUAAAAAAGUCUAAUUAACAUUUAGGGGCCAUAAAUUAUGGAUACAUUAUGGUCAUAAGUCAGGCCUGAAAAACCUUUUGCUCACAUUAUAAUGACAAGAUAAUCUGGAAUUAAUUUGUACCAAUUAACCUUUCUGUUUAGUCAUUCUGAAGUAGCUAAGCUGUUGUCUUGCCAACUUGAAUACUGCCAAUAGCCAGUUGGUCCUUAGAGAAAAAUACAAAUGGCAUCCCAAGCUUAGGGCAGCUUCCAGCUCUGCCAUAGUGCUAUUGUUUGUGCCAUUAUUUAUUUUAGGACGACUUAGGCCAAUAAAGACCUGUUUUGCAUUGGAACUGUCAAUAUAAAGGCUGACAUUUUGUCACUAAAUCGUGUUCUUUAUUCUCCAGGUGUUGAACAUCUGCACUGGGUCCAGACGUUGAAAGAUGCUCAGAUGGCCAUCGAGGCUAAUCUCCAGUGGGAGUGCAGGGCGAGCGGUAAGCCUAAGCCUGUGUACAGAUGGCUGAAGAAUGGGGAGCCCUUGGUGCUGGAGGUGAGAAUGACUUGCUAACAUUGUACUUAGCAUUUUUAUGUGUCAUUGUCAUAUUCCAUUAAGAACUAUUCUACCCAUCUUAAGACCCCUUUUUCAUCUCAGAUCAAAGACAUGAGAUCAAACAUUAAGCCGGUUUUCAUUUCAAAAGUCUACCCAUCACAAGGUUUGCUGCAAAGGUCACACUAUCAUAAGAUAGAUGAUAUCCAAAUUACACUGCAGAAAAAUCCUGAUUGACAUUUGUUUCUGCUAAAUCUACAUGACCAAAAUAUAAAAAUUCUUGUUGACAGUUUGUGUGAACAUUUGUAUUGUUCAGAUACUGAUCUUCCUAGGUUAUACAUUUAUAAAAGUAUCAAUUUAUAUGUUGAGUUUUAUCACACAUCACAUACUAAGGUGUGAUAUUGAGGAUGUAUCGCUCUUGUCACCAGGACAGGAUACUGGUAGAAGGUGGACGAUUGGCCGUAUCCAGGAUCAACCUGUUGGACUCUGGGAUGUACCAGUGUCUGGCAGAGAAUGAACAUGGAGCCAUAUAUGCCAGCGCUGAACUCAAGGUUGUAGGUAAGCAUGUCUGGAGGACUCUAGUCUGGAGUAUUUGUUCUGUCUUGUUUAGAAAGUUGAAGUCAGAGACACCGCAAGGUCAAGACAUUUGUGUAGUAUCACUGUCAGUAGGCAGAACCAACUCCAGAAGAAAAUUAACAGAACCAGUGAAUAUUAGCUGAGCCAUGGUUUUAGCUACAUUUACAUAUUUACUUGAUAAAGAAAGCCAACCAGUGGUUUUUCAUGAAAUACAAUUUAUAUAAUUAACUAGGAUGAUUUUGACAGUUUGGCUAAUGCAUACAGUACAUGCGAUAGCUAGCUGAUGUGCCUCGUCAAAGAGAACAGAAGGGUAGCAACAGGGUUUGUUCUGUUCCCCAUGCAGCCUCUUCACCCGACUUCUCCAACAGUCCUGUGAAGAAGUCCAUGCUGAUCCAGAGAGGGGGGGAGGUGAUCAUGGAGUGCCGUCCCCAUGCGUCCCCUAGGGCCUCUAUCUCCUGGCGGAGAGGGGGAGAGUUUCUGAAGGACAGCAAGAGGUACAGUAACAGUCGUAGUAACCGUACGCAUCACUGCUCAUGCCAUUGAUGGCACGUGUAAAAGGGCCCUUCUCCUGGGGCCGUGCUAGUCUCUAGGACUCAACGCUAUGUCUCUACUUAAGGGGACUGACGUUGCUGUGGUGAGGGGGCUUUUUGCUAACACCCUCUCUUUUGCUUGAAGUUCAAUAGAGAUGUCAAAGACCUUGCCUUUAUCGCUCUCUGUAUGUCUCUGCAUUCAGGGUUGUUCUGUACAACACCAUGACAGUUAUGGUAGGGGCUUUAUGUUGAUUAUGACCUUGGUCUUUCAAUGUUGUAUUCAGCAGUGGCUAUAGAUGCUUCCUUGUAACCGCUCAUGCAAGCCUCACAGCUACACAGGUUCACAGCUCACAAGUUAAUUUGAGGUACUGGUCAUAGCCCCAGAAGGGUUGUGUGGACAGUGUCACUGCUGCAUGGCCCUGCAGCUGAAGAUACGCUAACCUAAUGUCAAUUACUGUACUGUAUGUGGCCCUGCAGUCGUCUGGGAGAAAGGCUCCGCCAAGAGUACGCUGUGGACCAAUGGCUGGAGCAGGCCUCUACAGCCCUGUUCCUGGAGAGCUACCGUCCUGUAGGUUUUCGCUCCAACCCUAAUCUAGCGCACCUGAUUGUAGGAAUUAGCUGGUUGAUAAGCUGAGCCAGGUUAGUUGCAACUGGGUUUGAAGUGAGGACCUGCAGGAGGGUAGCUCUCCAGGAACAGGGUUGGAGAGGGCUGGAGAAUAAUACACUGAGUAUACAAAACAUCAAGAACACCUGCUCUUUCCAUGACAUAGACUGACCAGGUGAAUUCAGGUGAAAGCUAUGAUCCCUUAAUUGAUGUCACUUGUUCAAUCCACUUCAAUCAGUGUAGAUGAAGGGGAGGAGACAGAUUGAAGAAGGAUUUUUAAGCCUUGAGACAAUUGAGACAUGGAUUGUGUAUGUGUGCCAUUCAGAGGGUGAAUGGGCAAGACAAAAUAUUUUAAGUGCCUUUGAACGGGAUAUGGUAGUAGGUGCCAGGCGCACCAGUUUGUGUCAAGAACUGCAACGCUGCUGGAUUUUUCACGCUCAACAGUUUCCUGUGUGUAUCAAGAAUAGUCCACCACCCAAAGGACAUCCAGCUAACUUUACACAACUGUGGGAAGCAUUGGAAUCAACAUGGGCCAGCAUCCCUGUGGAACGCUUUCGACAACUUGUAGAGUCCAUGUCCCCGACGAAUUGAGGCUGUUCUGCGUGCAACUCAAUAUUAGGAAGGUGUUCUUAAUGUUUGGUAUACUCAGUGUAUGUCCAGUAUACUACCGCCUACCCAUGUUAUGAUUUACUCUCUAAUCUCAGUCAGCCGCUAUACAGUAGCUUCUGUAUGUGUGUGUGUGUGUGUUCGUUUGUGUGUUCGUUUGUGUGUGCGUGUGUGUGUGAGUGAGGGUGAGUGGGUGUGAGUUAGUGGUUGAGAGAAGGAGAGGGGGAAAAGGUGAGAGCUUAUUAUCACCAGCAGUAUUCUGUUUAGUGUACUCCUCUCACACCCUGGAAUAUACUCCCUCCAAUUCUGCAUCUUUAAUUUGGGUGGUGUGGUUGAGUCAGACAGAUUGUGAACAGGAGCCUUGGUGAUACUGCUAUGUUAUUCUCCUUAGUGUCCUGCUUUAGGGCUGUGGCCCGAAUCAAUAUGUGCUGCCACAUUUCCAUAGUAUUUCCGUAACUCAGUGGACCUGCCUCAACAUGUGAGCAGAGCGAUUGAUUAGUUACUGUAUCAUAUUCCACGGAGCGGUCAUGGGGAAAAGGAGAAAGAAGUGAUUACACAGGCUGUGCAUCUGGACGAGAAUAGAAAAUGCACGGCGUGGAACGGCGUUUCUUUCUUAAAGCAGAUAGUUAUUUACGUUUGUAUUUGUUUUGCAGCUCAUUGCCCCUCAGGUCAUGUUCUCAGCGCGCCUCCAUCACUCAAUGUUUGAUAUUUUUGUCAAUAAAUCAGCGCAAAGCACCCUGUGUCAGACAUGCUCUCUGGGUCUCAGCUCAGCUGGAGUGAAUACAUAUUUAUUUUUAAGAGCUGCAGUGAAAUUGUUUGAUUUCUGAGCUUGCAGCUCACAGCCUUUGUGUUUGAUUUGCUGAAACAGAAGGUCAUGAUAGCUAGGAGUUCUCAGCAUCAUUUAUGCAUGUGUUUACAUUUUGUUAGAUUAGAAAAUAACGUAGAAGCAUUAGACACCCCGUGGCCUCUGGUGUUUGUGGAAUAUGGCAAACAAUGAAUAGAAACCACUGCUGUGUUAUGAGGUUGCUUUUGUGAUGUACAGUUGAAGUCUGAAGUUUACAUACACUUAGGUUGGAGUCAUUAAAACUCGUUUUUCAAGCACUCCACAAAUUUCAUGUUAACAAACUAUAGUUUUGGCAAAUCGGUUAGGACAUCUACAUUGUGCAUGACACAAGUACUUUUUCCAACAAUUGUUUACAGACAGAUUAUUUCACUUAUAAUUCACUGUAUCACAAUUCCAGUGGGUCAGAAGUUUACAUACACUAAGUUGACUGUGCCUUUAAACAGCUUGGAAAAUUCCAGAAAAUGAUGUCAUGGCUUUAGAAGCUUCUGAUAGGCUAAUUGACAUAAUUUGAGUCAAUUGGAGGUGUACCUGUGGAUGUAUUUCAAGGCCAACCUUCAAACUCAGUGCCUCUUUGCUUGACAUCAUGGGAAAAUCAAAAGAAAUCAGCCAAUACCUCAGAAAAAAAUUGUAGGCCUCCACAAGUCUGGUUCAUCCUUGGGAGCAAUUUCCAAACGACUGAAGGUACCACGUUCAUCUGUACAAACAAUAGUACGCAAGUAUAAGCACCAUGGGACCAUGCAGCCAUCAUACCGCUCAGGAAGGAGACGCGUUCUGUCUCCUAGAGAUGAACGUACUUUGGUACGAAAAAUGCAAAUCAAUCCCAGAACAACAGGAAAGGACCUUGUGUAGAUGCUGGAGGAAACAGGUACAAAAGCAUCUAUAUCCACAGUAAAAUAAGUUCUAUAUCGACAUAACCUGAAAGGCAGCUCAGCAAGGAAGAAGCCACUGCUCCAAAACCGCCAUAAGAAAGCCAGACUACGGUUUGCAACUGCACAUGGGGACAAAGAUCGUACUUUUUUUGAGAAAUGUCCUCUGGUCUGAUGAAACAAAAAUAGAACUGUUUGGCCAUAAUGACCAUCGUUAUGUUUGGAGGAAAAAGGGGGUAGCUUGCAGCCCGAAGAACACCAUCCCAACCGUGAAGCACGGGGGUGGCAGCAUCAUGAUGUGUGGGUGCUUUGCUGCAGGAGGGACUGGUGCACUUCACAAAAUAGAUGACAUCAUGAGGAAGGGAAACUAUGUGGAUAUAUUGAAGCAACAUCUCAAGACAUCAGUCAGGAAGUUAAAGCUUGGUUGCAAAUGGGUCUUCCUAAUGGACAAUGACCCCAAGCAUACUUCCAAAGUUGUGGCAAAAUGGCUUAAGGACAACAAAGUCAAGGUAUUGGAGUGGCCAUCACAAAGCCCUGACCUCAACCCUAUAGAAAGGUUGUGGGCAGAACUGAAAAAGCGUGUGCGAGAAAGGAGGCCUACAAACCUGACUCAGUUACACCAGCUCUGUCAGGAGGAAUGGGCCAAAAUGCACCCAACUUAUUGUGGGAAGCUUGUGGAAGGCUACCUGAAUCAUUUGACCCAAGUUAAACAAUUUAAAGGCAAUGCUACCAAAUACUAAUUGAGUGUAUGUAAACUUCUGACCCACUGGGAAUGUGAUGAAAGAAAUAAAAGCUGAAAUAAAUCAUUCUCUCUACUAUUAUUCUGACAUUUCACAUUCUUAAAAUAAAGUGGUGAUCCUAACUGACCUAAAACAGGGAAUUUUUACUAGGAUUAAAUUUCAGGAAUUGUGAAAAACUGAGUUUAAAUGUAUUUGGCUAAGGUGUAUGUAAACUUCCGAAUUCAACUGUAUAAAGUAAACCACUUUUUAAUCUAGUUUGUUUGUGAAACUUCCACUUUACAUAUUUGGGGAGUAUGGAAAAUGUAUGCACUCACUAACUGUAAGUCGCUCUGGAUAAGAGCGUCUGCUAAAUUACUAAAAUGUAAAAUGUAAAUGUCACAAAUAGAUUAAGUCAAUAUGUGACCGACAACCUCGAUUCGGUGAAAUUUGAAAUUGUGUUUUUUACAUUGGAUAAAAGUAGAGACUCAGAGCUAGAAAAUUGUAUAUUAUACACUACAGCUGAGGAACAAUUGGAAAGUAAUUCUACUUUGAAAGUUGAUCAACUUGUAUCCCCACUUUUGAGAAAAUGGUCCUUGAAUAUUUUGGUACACCUACUGGAGAGCUCUUCUUUGUCUACACCCAUUCAGCAUCGUUCACACCCUCUUAAGCCUUAGCCCCACCCAUCUCUUUAAUGAUUCACAUGUGAGGCCAUGUGGUAAACACACGCUAUAUCAAAUAAAAUGUAAGUUUAUUCGUCACAUGCACAGGAUACAGAAGGUGUAAAUGGUACAGUGAAGUGGUUACUUGCAUAGUAGCAAUAUCAAAAACAGAAAGUGUCCAGAUAAAAAUAUUUCAUUAUUAGAUGACGCUUACCUGACACACUUGUCUAAAUUGAUGGGUCAUGUGAAGGAAAUGCUAUAACCACCCCCCAGCCACAUCUAGCUAAGUGGAUGGGUCACUAUUGUCUAGACAUAUACACAUGUUCAUGAAAUACAGUAGAUGGCCGUAAUCACCCCCAGACACACCUGGCUAAUUUGAUGGGUCAUGUAAUAAUCCAGCCGAAGUGGAGUCUUUUGUUUAGACAUGUAGCUAGCUAGGUAGCUAGCUAUCUAAACAAUGAACCGGCAUAAUCUCAACUCAUACUACUGCCAAUACAAACAUUGUCAUAGCUGUAGUAUGAAUCUGCAGGUAGCUAAAGCUAACAAACUAGGUUCAAUGUUAGCUAGCUAACAUUAGGCUAUAACUAGCAAUGCAAAUGUAUUUCUGAUUCGAAUAAUAUUACUACACAGAUCAUACACGUAACGUUAGCUAGCGAGCCAGCAAGCUAACGUUUGCUAGCUAACUAACAGUAGGCUUUAACUUGCAAUAAAAACGACUUUCUGACAAAAUGUGAAACUUAUAUCUGAAAAUGUAGCUAGACUCUUACCCGUAUACAUGGAUGAACGCUUCAUGGCAGACUGGAACCAUUUAACUCUGUUUUGUUUGUAGCUACAUCUUGUUUGGCCAGCAUUGUGUCAAGUCACUCAGGUUCACACUGACCGUGGCGUGUGCAGAAAGUAGCCCAUCACUUUUUCCAACUGAUCUGUCGAUAGUACCCGCUAAAUUCAGGGCAUCAAAGUUGUUGAGAAAAGUAGCAUAACUUUUGUAGUUCUCGAUGGCUAACGUUAUAUCUUUAAAAAACGGCGUGGUAGAAAGGACUGUCAACACAUACUGAACAGCUCACGUUAUAGACAGAAGCAUGCUACAUGGCAGACCAAUCCAAACUCAUCUCCCAGCAUGUCCAGCCCAUCCAUUAUCUCAGCCAAUCAUGGCUAGCGGGAAGGUUCCUGUGUUUUACAAUUGUAUUCGUAUUUAUGGAUGGAAUACAAGUUUGUUAUUAAGGCACAUGAAAGUUCACGUUCCAGAAGGCAUUUCUGCCCAACAAGCAUUUUGAUAAAAUAUAUAAAUGUUUACGUUCAAAUUACGCUCCUGUGAAGUAGUGACGUGCGACAUACGCCUAGUUUCCUGAAACUAGUCACAUUUUGCUGUCACGAUAAGUAGCCUAUACUAGAGAAAUGUGAAGUUUGCAAUGAAAUACUGUAAGUCUGCUUAUAUUGACUACAAUGGAUGGUUACAAUUGAUAGUUACAACAUUCAAAGUAGUUGUAGUAGUAGUUCUAAGGGUACGGUAAUAAUCCAAAAGUACACUCUUAGAAAAAAGGGUUCCAAAAGGGUUCUUCGGCUGUCUCCAUAGGAAAACUAUUUUUGGUUCCAUGUAGAACCCAGCUCUAAAUCGUCCCUGAUUUGUAUUUCCGUCAUGUGCCUUUUAACCAUUGUUGCUCGAGUUCCCUUGGUUUUUCACUGAGUCCAUACAACCAGCUACAAGAGAGACGGCUCUCUAGUCAUAUCUGCUUUCAUUACCUUUUGGAAAUGACUUUUAGUGUUUCAAUAGGAUCUCAAACAUGAGUCAUUCCUUAUGAAACCAGGACAAAAUAAUUGCAGGAUUUUCACGAAAUUGAAUACAUAGAAUGGUCCUUUGGAGGAAGGAUUUUUGACAUAUUUUUGACAUUUGUAUCUAAAAGCAUAUAAUAAUUAUAAUUAUUCAUCAAAGUUGGCAUAUUUAUGACAUUUUUACCCAGGCCUCCUUUAAGACAAUGUUUCAUCUGUAGGUGCUACAAAGCAAAAAUUGGUGUCAUAUGAAGCUUUACUGCAUGCUCUGUAAUACAAGUAAUAUUUAAAUGUCUAUCUUUUUAUUUUACCAACAGAGUGAAUGUGAAAAUUGAUUCAAAGUGGUGGCCCUCUGCUGGUGAUAUGCAGAAUGUGCAAUUAUACAAGUAAAAGGAGGGUUGUGAUUGGUUACAUUGCCUACUAUGCCAUAUUCUCUGCAUAAAAUUGGCCAGAACUUUAAAAAUACCAGAGAUCGCACUCUGGAAUUUUGAUAUGUCUGUAGAGUAUAUUAUGUUCAACAAUAUAUAGAAAAAAUUGCCAGAUUUAAAAUUGUGUUUUUUCUGUAUUCAUGUACACUACCAGUCAAAAGUUUGGACACACCUACUAAUUCCAGGGUUUUUCUUUUCUUUUUACUAUUUUCUACAUUGUAGAAAAAUAGUGAAGACAUCAAAACUAUGUAAUAACACAUAUGGAAUCAUGUAGUAAACAGAAAAGUGUUAAACAAAUCAAAAUAUAUUUUAUAUAUGAGAUUCUUCAAAUAGCCACCCUUUCCCUUGAUGACAGCUUUGCACACGCUUGGCAUUCUCUCAACCGGCUUCAUGAGGUAGUCACCUGGAAUGCAUUUCAAUUAACAGGUGUGCCUUGUUAAAAGUUAAUUUGUGGAAUUUCUUUCCUUCUUAAUGCGUUCGGGCCAAUCAGUUGUGUUGUGACAAGGUAGGAGUGGUAUACAGAAGAUAGCCCUAUUUGGUAAAAUACCAAGUCCAUAUUAUGGCAAGAACAGCUCAAAUAGCAAAGAGAAAUGACAGUCCAUCAUUACUUUAAGACAUGAAGGUCAGUCAAUCCAGAACAUUCCAAGAACUUUGAAAGUUUCUUCAAGUGCAGUCGCAAAAACCAUCAAGCGCUAUGAUGAAACUGGCUCUCGUGAGGACCGCCACAGGAAAGGAAGACCCAGAGUUCUGCUGCAGAGGAUAAGUUAAUUAGAGUUAACUGCACCUCAGAAAUUGCAGCCCAAAUAAAUGUUUCACAGAGUUCAAGUAACAGACACAUCUCAACAUCAACUGUUCAGAGGAGACUGUGUGAAUCAGGCCUUCAUGGUUGAAUUGCUGCAAAGAAACCAGUACUAAAGGACACCAAUAAGAAGAAGAGACUUGCUUGGGCCAAGAAACAUGAGCAAUGGACAUUAGACCGGUGGAAAUCUGUCCUUUGGUCUGAUGAGUCCAAAUUGGAGAUUUUUGGUUCCAACCGCCGUGUCUUUGUGAGACGCAGAGUAGGUGAACGGAUGAUCUCUGCAUGUGUGCUUCCCACCGUGAAGCAUGGAGGAGGAGGUGUGAUGGUGUGGGGGUGCUUUGCUGGUGACACUGUCUGUGAUUUAUUUAGAAUUCAAGGCACACUUAACCAGAAUGGCUACCACAGCAUUCUGCAGAGAUAUGCCAUCCCAUUUGGUUUGCGCUUAGUGGGAUUCUAAUUUGUUUUUCAACAGGACAAUGACCCAAAACACACAUCCAGGCUGUGUAAGGGCUAUUUGACUGAGGAGAGUGAUGGAGUGCUGCAUCAGAUGACCUGGCCUCCACAAUCACCCGACCUCAACCCAAUUGAGAUGGUUUGGGAUGAGUUGGACCGCAGAGUGAAGGAAAAGCAGCCAACAAGUGCUCAACAUAUGUGGGAACUCCUUGAAGACUGUUGGAAAAGCAUUCCUCAUGAAGCUGGUUGAGAGAAUGCCAAGAGUGUGCAAAGCUGUCAUCAAGGCAAAGGGUGGCUAUUUGAAGAUUCUCAAAUAUAUAUACACUGAUUUGUUUAUCACUUUUUGCUUACUACAUGAUUCCAUAUGUGUUAUUUCAUAGUUUUGAUGUCUUCACUAUUAUUCUACAAUGUAAAAAAUAGUACAAAUAAAGAAAAACCCUUGAAUGAGUAGGUGUGUCCAAACUUUUGACUGGUGCUGCAUAUAUUUUCAAUAUUCAUAAAUUAAUGUUUAAAAUAAAUGGUAUGGAGCAAGCGGUAAAGCUUCAUAUGCCACCAAUUCUUGCUUACUCGUACCUACAGAUGAAACAUUAUGUCGUAAAUAUGCCAAAUUAGAUUCAAAUGUCAAAUAUAGUGUACAAAACAUUAGGAACAUCUAUCAGUGUAGAUUAAGGGGAGGAGACAGGUUAAAGAAGGAUUUGUAAGCCUUGAGACAAUUGAGACAUGGAUUUUGUAUGUGUGCCAUUCAGAGUGUGAAUGGGCAAGACAAAAUAUUUAAGUGCCUUUGAACGGGGUAUGGUAGUAGGUGCCAGGUGCACUGGUUUGAGUGUGUCAAGAACUACAACGCUGCUGGGUUAUUCACGCUCAACAGUUUCCCGUGUGAAUCAAGAAUGGUCCACCACCCAAAGGACAUCCAGCCAACUUGGCACAACUGUGGGAAGCAUUAACGUCAACACGGGCCAGCAUCCCUGUGAAACACCUUCGACACUUUGUAGAAUCCAUCCCGCCGACAAAUUGAGGCUGUUCUGACGGAAAAAGGGGUUGCAACUCAAUAUUAGGAAGGUGUAUGUCAACAUCCCUCCAAAGGACCAUUCUAUGGAUUUCUGAAACCAUGGUCUUUUUUUGUCCUGGUUAUUUGAGGAAUCACUCACAUGUUCAAAAAAAUAAAAUAAUGAUAAGGCUGCAGGUAAAGAUUCUUGUUAGUGAAUCAUCUCUCUCCUUUACUCUGCUCUCUUCUCUGUUCUCAUUUUUGUCUUAGUGUCCCGCUGUGGAUCCUAUUAAAAUAUGCAUUUAAUAUUUUGUGCUGUCAAUAGCAUGGCAACUCUACAACAAAUCUGUUCUGCUUCAACUAAGAUAAUUGCUCUCUGCAAAUGUGCUUGUAGAGAAUUCAAUCUUCCAGAUAAUUACGUUUUUAUUCAUGAAAUAGUUGUCAUUCAAACUACAACAUGGAUAUAGGAAUGGAUGUGAUAUGAAGGUAUUGAUGUAAUUGUAUGUUUUCAUCAUUUAUCAAUCACUAAUAUAGUAUUUAUAAUCCCUAUAUAACCCAGUGAGGGCUAUCAAAUUAUUAUUGAUCCUGAUAACAACAGUUGUCUGUUCUUUAAUUCUUGUCAGACGGACCAUCAUGGAGGAUGGAACUCUCCGUAUCAGCAACAUCAGCGAAUCAGACGGAGGGAGGUACACCUGUGUGGCCAGGAACCCCUUUGGGACAUCAAGCAGUACUGGCACUCUGGUGGUGAAAGGUACUUUUCCGGACACAGAUUUCACUACCUUUUAAGCAGAUGGUUUAAACCUGUUUAGAGAAAAAAAAUACUAAGCCAAGCAUGAAAUUGAUAAUGAAAUGUAUAGUUGUUUUAUGUUCCUGCUGGUUUGACAGAAACAUAACUCAUCCUUGGUUUUGUCAGCUGUGAGUUAUUGUUCACACAGCGGAGGGUAGAAAAUCCCUAUAUCUAUAGUAGUGAGGAGAGAGAUGUUCUGUUCCAUCCAAGUCAGACAUUGCAUGUUAAUUUAAAAAGAGCUGCUGCUGCAGUUUUCGAUUUGGCUGUUUUAAUAACUGAUGGUUAUACAUGGAUUAUUCAUUUUUUUCUUAAUUUGACACAAUGAUUGCAUUUAGUUGAAUUGUUCAGUCUCAAGACUAUAUCAAUAAAAAAACACAUGUAAUAGGGUUGAGAGGAAGAGAAGUGGAGCAAAUUAAGAUCAAUUUGUUACAUUAAUAGCAGGGGAGGUUGCCUCUGCAUUGAACCAUCUUGUCUAAAGUAUAUUUUGUCUAGCAGCAAGUUUAUAUGAAUAUUCAAGACAUGUAGCAUGGGUCCAGUUACACAUGAUUCUGUGUGUUUGUUUUUCUGUGUUCUCAAAUAGAGCCAACCAAGAUAAUAGUUCCACCGCUGAGUGUGGAUGCCACUGUGGGAGAGAGCAUCGUGUUGCCAUGUGAAGUGUCUCGAGACUCCUCCCUGGAUCCCACCUUUAGGUGGUUCUUCAACGGAAAGCUCAUCGAUUUCAACCGACAGGACCACUUUGAGAUGAUAGGAGUGGUAUGUACCUACUAUCUGUACUGUACAGGAGACAGCACACAGUAGUCUCUGCUCACAAGCUUCAUAGCUUGUACUGUAAAGCUACACCUUAUAUGAACAUGUUAGAAUAUUUACAACCUCCGCACACAAGCAUCCUAAAUUGUACAGUAACAGUACACCAACACCUACAGGGCAUUCAGAAAGUAUUCACACCCUUGACUUUUUACAACCUACAUUUAAAAUUCAUUAAGUUGAGAUUUUGUGUCACUGGCCUACACACAAUACCCCAUAAUGUCAAAGUGGAAUUAUGUUUUUUGAAAUUUUUACAAAUUAAUAAAAAAGGAAAAGCUGAAAUGUCUUAAGACAAUAAGUAUACAACCCCUUUGUUAUGGCAAGCCUAAAUAAAUUCAGGAGUAAAAAUUAGCUUAACAAGUCACAUAAGUUGCAUGGACUCAAUAAUAAUGUUUAACAUGAUUUUUGAAUGACUACCUCAUCUCUGUACCCCACACAUACAAUUAUCUGUAUGGUCCCUUAGUCGAGCAGUGAAUUUCAAACACAGAUUUAACCACAAAGAGCAGGGAGUUUUUUCCAAUGCCUCGCAAAGAAGGGCACCUAUUGGUAGAAAAGCAGACAUUGAAUAUCCCUUUGAGCAUGGUGAACUUAUUAAUUAUACUUUGGAUGGUGUAGCAAUACACCCAGUCACUACAAAGAUACAGGCGUCUUUCCUAACUCAGUUGCCGGAGAGGAAGGAAACCGCUCAGGGAUUUCACCAUGAGGCCAAUGGUGACUUUAAAACAGUUACAGAGUUCAAUGGCUGUGAUAGGAGAAAACUGAGGAUGGAUCAACAAAAUUGUAGUUACUCCACUGUAACGAUCUCGGCUCGACAGACGCUGGGAGACGGGAAGCAAGUACAGGGUGAUGAUUUAAUAAAUAAAAGACAUGGAACAAAACACAGACAGCGUCUGGACAGGAGAAACGUAACGACAUUAAUGCAGACACGGGGAUCAAACUGGGGAACAGACAGAUAUAGAAGGGGCAAUCAACAAAGUGAAGGAGUCCAGGUGAGUCCAAUGAGCGCAGAUGCGCGUAACGAUGGUGACAAAUGUGCGUAAUGAUGGGCAGCCUGGCGUCCUCGAGCGCCAGGGAGGGGGAGUGGGUGCAGGCGUGACAUCCACAAUACUAACCUAAAUUACAGUAUUAAAAAGAGGAAGCCUAUACAGAAUACAAAUAUUCCAAAACAUGUAUCCUGUUUGCAGUAAUGCACUAAAGUAAAACUGCAAAGAAUUUGGCAAAGAAAUUAACUUUAUGUCCUGAAAGCAAAGCGUUAUGUUUGGGGCAAAUCUAACACAACACAUAAAGCAUGGUGGUGGUGGCUGUAUCAUGGUUAUGGGUAUGCUUGUCAUCGGCAAGAACUAGGGAGUUUUUUGGGGGAUAAAAAGAAACGGAAUAGAGGUAAGCACAGGAAAGGUCCUAGAGGAAAACCUGGUUCAGUCUGCUUUCCAACAGACACUCUGAGACAAAUUCACCUUUCAGCCCAAAACACAAGGCCAAAUAUACACUGGAGUUGCUUACCAAGAUAACAUUGAAUUGUUCCUGAGUGGCCUAGUUACAGUUUUGAAUUAAAUUGGCUUGAAAAUCUAUUGAUGUCUCGUAAUGAUAAAUAACCAAUUUGACAGAGCUUGAAGAAUAAAAAAAAUAUUAUACUUGCAAAUAUUGUACAAUCCAGGUGUGCAAAGCUCUUAGAGACUUACCAGAAAGACUCCUUCCUAGCUGUAAUCGCUGCCAAAGGUGAUUCUAUCAUGUAUUGACUUAGCGGUGUGAAUACUUAAUGUAAAUAAAAUAUUUCUGUAUUUCAGUAAAUUUGCAAAGAUUUCUAAAAACAUGUUUUCACUUUGUCAUUAUGGGGUAUUGUGUGUAGAUGGGUGAUUUCAAAAAAAAUAUUUUAUCCAUUUUGAAUUCAGCCUGUAACAACAAAAUGUGGAAUAAGUCAAGGGUUAUGAAUACUUUCUGAAGGCACUUGGGGUCAGACAAGAAAAUUGCAUUUAACAUGGAGACCUGGCCAGGUAAAACCUGUGGACAUUAAGAUGAAAACCCCCAGUCUGUUGCUGAUCUUAUGAGUAAAUCACCUGACACUCCAGUGAACAAAGGCACACAAAUCUGUCUGACUACAGGAUUUAUCCUCUGGUCUGCUGAGCACACAAAUACCCUGCACUAAAAUGGCCUGUAUAACACUGACAUUUUCACUGUGAGCAUCAUUUGGCAGAGCUCUUAAACUUCAGGAAGUUUUUUUUUUUUAACACAAGGAGUGUUGAUAUCAUUGUCACUCCAGUGUUCCUACCUGCUCUUUUCUCUCACUGUUGUACGUAGCCUGACCUAGGUCUUUCUGCUACUGCAAUAGCAUACAGGGGAUAAAACAUCUAUCAUAAUGUAUAAGUGGUACAAAAGUUGGUACACAGCUGGAAAAAUAUAUAUUGAAUGACUGUAUUUUGAGACACUAGUAUUGUUUUUUUAUUUCUGUUCUAUUGUCAUCAGGGAUCAGCUGGUGAUCUGAUGGUCAGGAAUAUUCAGCUAAAGCAUUCUGGGAAGUAUGUGUGCAUGGUACACACCGUGGUGGACAGUGUCUCAGCAGCAGCCGACCUGAUUGUCAGAGGUACGCACGCACUUCCUCCCUGUGAUGAUACUUUGUAUUACAGGCACGCUGUAGCACCCAUAAAGAUAUACCAUAUCUAGGGUAGCACCCAUCUAAAGAGGAAUUAGACAACCUCAGACAUGAUCACCCUUUCUAUUAAUUCGCUUUACUUCAGUCAACUAUUCUGGGUGACAUUCAUUCAGUGUUAAAUAAUGACUACAGGAGCAUCUGAAAAUCAAUGCAUAAAUCUUCCUCUUCUCCUUCAUUUUGGAAUCCUUUUUUGUUUCCCCUCAUCAACUGAAGGAUCUUUAGCUCUGCUGUGUGAAAUAUUAAAUGUCUCUCUCUUUUGUGGGCAGACUUGUCUGCCUUGCAUGAAACUGCUCUAACCGUACCAUCCUGUUUUGGCUGACACAAUAGAAUUCUUUGACAGUGGUUGUCCUUGUCUCCCUGUUCUGUCCCUGUGCUGCUGGUUAUUUCAGGUGCCCCCGGUGCCCCAGAGGGCCUUAUUGUGGGGGAAAUCACUGACUCCACUGUCCAGCUCUCCUGGGAGUCUGGGCCUGACAACCACAGCCCUGUUAUCACAUACAGCAUCCAGGCCAGGACCCCCUUCUCCAUUGGCUGGCAGGCCGUCAGGACAGGUAGCUACAAUGCCAGCCCAUCCUUCACGGACACUGUUUACAGAUGUAGGAUCUUAAUUUGAUCUGUUGCAGGAGAAUGUUCUUGCAAUGCAGGAAAUGUAAAACUUGUAGUGUAUUUGAGGUUUAAAAAGGCUUCUGAAGUUAAUUUGUAAUUUCCACUUUAAAAUGUCUAUACUAUCAGAAUACUGUGGGAACAGUUAGAUUUGGGGAUGAAUGAUGUGAAGAGGAGUAUUUAUUUUUAAUCAUUCGUUAUCUUUGGGGCCUUCAUGGAUAAGUUAUAUUAACAUGAAUUGUAUCACAGGCAGUCUUUGAUAACAUGAAUGUGUUUUGUUGUUGGAUGAGAAUUAAUAUGUAUUUAAAUUCUAAAUUCUUUAAUCCUAGUUCCUGAUUCUGUGCCUGGACAGAUGUUUCAUGCAACGGUGAUAGAUUUGAAUCCCUGGGUGGAUUAUGAAUUCAGGGUGGUGGCUAUCAACAAUGUGGGUGUUGGAGAGCCCAGCAUGCAAUCCAAGCAGAUUCGAACAAAAGGAGCAGGUACAUUCUCAUUCCUCUUUCUUCUUGUGGUGAAUCUAUCAACCCCGCAGUGGAAAUGUAAUUUAACGGUGAUUAGUUUCAUUUUGCAUUGAGUGUUCCGUACAGCCCCUGAUGAAUUUCACCAUAUAGAACCCACAUUCACUUUUCAAGCCAAUCCAUUGGUUAUUGUGCCUUUCUCAUCGCUAAAUACGUCUAAUGAAGACAGAAUCAGCUCUGUUCCAAUUUGACUGACACAGAGACAGAUGUUAAUGAUUUGCCUAAUAGGAAAAGAAAGUGAGAGAUAAUUUAUUCAUGUAUUUAGACCACAUGGCCUAUCUAUCCAUGUGGAUAUUGACACUUGAAACUUUUGCUCAUCAGAUUAGGAGGCAUCAUACCUUUUAAGCAUUUAGAUGCUGUGUACAUCAGCACUCAGGAAAUCCUGCCAUUAUGUCUAAUGAAGACAGAAUCAGCUCUGUUCCAAUUUGACUUACACAGAGACAGAUGUUAAUGAUUUACCUAAUAGGAAAAGAAAGUGAGAGAUAAUUUAUUCAUGUGUUUAGACCACAUGGCCUAUCUAUUCAUGUGGAAAUUGACACUUUAAACUUUUGCUCGUCAGAUUAGAACUAUCCGAGCAGGAGGCAUCAAACCUUUUAAGCAUUUAGAUGCUGUGUACAUCAGCACUCAGGAAAUCCUGCCAUUAUUAAUUCAUGUCAGCAGCAUCAACAGGCGCUGUGUGAAAUACCCACGCAUGCCAUAAGGCAAUGACUUGAAAGUGUCUAUUUUGAGUGGGUUAUCAGAGUGGUUCUGCCUGGCUCACUGAAUCACAAGGGAGGAGUACUCCUGCAGUGUGAUACACUGUAGUAACAGCAGUAGCAUGCACUGGCGCUCGUGCCACUAUCAACCCUAAUUUAAUUACAUAUAAAAACCAAGCCUUUGCUCUGUGAAUGUAGGAAACCGUAUUGGAAUUAGGGGCACUAUGAUAGUGAUAUCAAGGCUUCUGUAUGGUUUCGGAGUAGUAGGGAUUCAAAUUCAUGCCUUUUCUCCAAGGAAAACACACCCUGAUAUUGGACACUGUUGUUGUUUUUGUCCGUCCAGUUCCUGAAGUAGCACCAGGUAAUGUGAGUGGAGGAGGAGGAAGGCGAGGAGAACUAGUUAUCCAAUGGGAGGUAAGCUUGCUGAUCAUCACAGACUUAUAGAAUACGUCUUUAUUGUGACAGAUUGUUUUCUAAUCACUCUUCUUUUUUACUUUUUUUUUGUAUUAUUUAUUUGUUUUCCCUUGUAAACUCAGCAAAAAAAGAAACGUCCCUUUUUCAGGACCCUGUCUUUCAAAGAUCAUUUGUAAAAAUCCAAAUAACUUCACAGAUCUUCAUUGUAAAGGGUUUAAACACUGUUUCCCAUGCUUGUUCAAUGAACCAUAAACAUUUAAUGAACAUGCACCUGUGGAACGGUCGAAACAUAGGACACUAAAGAGGCCUUUCUACUGACUCUGCCACGUGUAACAACACCUGCACAGGAUCGGUACAUCCGAACAUCACACCUGCGGGACAGGUACAGGAUGGCAACAACAACUGCCCGAGUUACACCAGGAACGCACAAUGCCUCCAUCAGUGCUUAGACUGUCCGCAAUAGGCUGAUAGCGGCUGGACUGAGGGCUUGUAGGCCUGUUGUAAGGCAGGUCCUCACCAGACAUCACCGGCAACAACGUCGCCUAUGGGCACAAACCCACCGUCGCUGGACCAGACAGGAUUGGCAAAAAGUGCUCUUCAAUGACGAGUCGCGGGUCUGUCUCACCAGGGGUGAUGGUUGGAUUCGCGUUUAUCAUAGAAGGAAUUAGCGUUACUGUCACGUUCGUUCAUCGACGGGUCAGACCAAGGCGCAGCGUGAUAUGCAUACAUGUUUAUUAAAUGAAUAAACACAACGACAAAACAAUAAACCAACGAUACGUGACGUCCUAAGGUACACACAACAAACCUCACACGGAACAAGAUCCCACAACCCACUAGUGCCAAUAGGCUGCCUAAGUAUGGUCCCCAAUCAGAGACAACGAGCGACAGCUGCCUCUGAUUGGGAACCACACCGGCCAACAUAGAUCUAGACAUACUAGACUAUAAACAUAGAUCUACACCACAUAGAAAAUCACACCCUGACUCAACAAAUAAGAGUCCCCAGAGUCAGGGCGUGACAGUUACACUGAGGCCUGUACACUGGAGCGGGAUCGAUUUGGAGGUGGAGGGUCCGUCAUGGUCUGGGGCGGUGUGUCACAGCAUCAUCGGACGGAGCUUGUUGUCAUUGCAGGCAAUCUCAAUGCUGUGCGUUACCUCCUACCUCAUGUGGUACCCUUCCUGCAGGCUCAUCCUGACAUGACCCUCCAGCAUGACAAUGCCACCAGCCAUUCUGCUCGUUCUGUGUGUGAUUUCCUGCAAUACAGGAAUGUCAGUGUUCUGCCAUGGCCAGCGAAGAGCCCGGAUCUCAAUCCUUUGAGCACAUCUGGGACCUGUUGGAUCAGAGGGUGAGGUCUAGGGCCAUUCCCCCCAGAAAUGUCUGGGAACUUGCAGGUGCCUUGGUGGAAGAGUGGGGUAACAUCUCACAGCAAGAACUGGCAAAUCUGGUGCAGUCCAUGAGGAGGAGACACACUGCAGUACUUAAUGCAGCUGGUGGCCACACCAGAUACUGACUGUUACUUUUGAUUUUGACCCCCCCUUUGUUCAGGGACACAUAUUCAGUGGAACCUGUUCAGUUUAUGUCUCAGUUGUUGAAUCUUAUGUUCAUGCAAAUAUUUACACAUGUUAAGUUUGCUGAAAAUAAACGCAGUUGACAGUGAGAGGACGUUUCUUUUUUUGCUGAGUUUAUGUCAAAGACAAUUACAAAAUAAAAUACCUACAAAUAUGUUCAGUUCAAAUCACUCUUCUGACAUGAAUGGGGUUUUGACAGAAUUCUCUACGGCGAUGCGACUUCAAUUAAAUGGGUUUUAAUUAAAAGAAGAGCUGUCUUGCCUAGCUAUUUGCCUCUUCCAAACAGCUCCCCUGGUGUGUAAAUGAAAAUGCAGAUGCGGAGAUGAUGGAAAUUGUUUGUGCAUAAAUCUAGGACGAAGUCUUAGAAUGGGUGUAUCUGUGGCUCUCUUAAAGGGAAUUGACUUAUCAUGCAGAAUGUGUAUAUACUGUGUAUACCUUUUGGAUAUAAUGUAUUAUCAUGUUGGUGUUGUGGUAUUUCACUGUUCCGAAUUUGACACUUCCAGUUGAGGUAGUAAUUUGAUAUUCAGUUCAACCAAUGGGAAGGGAUAAGAAUUACUACAAUUUAUGCUGUCAAAUUGUCUCUGUCUCAUAGCCGAUACCAGAGGAGCUACAGAGUGGAGAAGAAUUUGGAUAUGUUGUGGCUUUUCGUCCUCUUGGUACAAGCACGUGGAAGCAGACUGUGCUGGCUUCACCUGAUGCAUCAAGAUACACCUUCAGGAACGACAGCAUCCCACCCCUCUCCCAAUUUGAGGUGAAAGUUGGAGUCUACAACAACAAAGGAGAAGGCCCAUCUAGCCAUGUGGUUGUAGUGUAUUCUGCAGAGGAAGGUUAGUUAUUUUGACUAUUUCUCAAGUUGCUGAUGAAAUGGAAGCUUUGGGUUAGUUUGACUUUAAUGUUUAACAUUCUUGAUAAUGUCCUUGGUCUAAAUUUGUAAUGCUUAGAGCCCUCUGAACCCCCGUCCAGAGUGUGGACCCGGACUCUGUCAGCCUCUGAAAUCGAGGUGUAUUGGGAACCCAUCACCCAGACAGCCAGCAGUUGGAAGAUCAUUGGAUAUGAGGUAUGAAAAAUAUCCCAAGAAUCAUGAUGCUGGUACAGAGCAGAAAACAGCAUGAUAGAUACAGUAUUAUCCUCACGAUGAUUGACUCAGCAAUAGGUUGGCAUGCAUUUAAAUAGAACUGCCAAUGGCAAAAACGUGAAGUUCCCCUACACCGAAAAAUACCUUGGGAUACAAAGGUAUAUUUCUCACCAUCUAAUCUAGAGAGUGAAGAGGUCUGUCCACAGCUGUUCCAGUCUCCCAAGGAGCCUAAUACCCUGGCUGCUACUCUGCCUGAGUAGUGUUCUAUAAAUCACCCCUCACAAGUGUGAACAUCAUAUAUCAAUUUCCUCCACAACUAACACUGUCUCUAAUCUAACCCAUUUUCCCCUUAGUAUAGCCCAAGACUGUCUGGCUGUAGAGAAGGCCCAGGUUGCUUGACCUCCAUUGUGAACCUGUAAGGUCACUCACAGCCCCUGGUUAUCAGGUCCAGAAUUAAAUCAUCAAACAACGGUGCUGGAAGUGUCUCUAAUGCUGUCGGGAGGUCUGGAAUAACCUUAAUGUCUUUGGUUCCAGGUCCUUUGUUGGGAGGAGGGGAUGCAGGAGAGUGAUGCUGAGAUGGUGAGGGUCACAGACACUGCAGCUCUUCUCUCUGGGCUCAAGAGCAGUACUGUGUAUCUGAUCUCAGUCAGGGCCCAGAACAGCGCUGGAGCAGGUCCUUCUAGCCCCGCAGUCAACGUCACCACCAAGAAACCACGUGAGUAUUCUCUGAGAUGGGACAGCUGUCACAUGCAAUUUGAGCGUUUUUCUCUUUACAAGUCUGCUUUCACGUGUAUGAAGCCUGCAUAUCCAGUAGAGGUUUAUAUUAAUGGAAUUGUGGUGGAAUGCAGCAGUAUACACUACAACUUCAAUGACUUUAGAGCCUCUGUGAAUACUUUACAUCAACAGCACUGCUGAGACAAAACAUAAUCCUCUGGGUAAAGUCUUGACUGCAUGUUAACUGCAAGACUAACGAAUGGAAUUGGCUUAUGUCAUACCUACAAACGUGAAUUAGCAGUGUAGUGGGCAGUAAUUUUCUAUAUGUGUAUAUUGUAAGUACAUCAUAUGCGACUCGUAAUAAGACUAAGCAAUUAUCCUAUUAAAAUGUUUAUCUGACUCCAUAAAGAUAAUUAGCAAUAUGCAAGAGACUAUGGUUGAGUUACAGUAAUAGGCAAUGAUGAAAUGUCUGAGAAUGGAUUCUAAAUACAAGUUUAUUUAACUACUUUGUAAAAUGAAUGGAUUCAUAUACAAGGCAUAAAGCUUAAGUUACAAGGCAUUAACAAGCAUUACAAGGCAUUAUUCUAAGCAUGAUCAGAGAGAGAGAGAGAAACCAUAGCCUGAAAGGCCAUGCCCCAAAAGUCCAUGAGGUGGAGAGAGAAAGAAAGAAAGAGUAUCUCACAACAGCAGGUCAGGAACAAAUAAGAGAAAGAACAAUGAAUCUUAGUAUUUUAUAAGCAUCUGUAUUUUUUGGAUUCAAAACCUGAGUUGUUGACCAAUAGUAUUACUGUAAAGUUAACCUCCAAUCAGAUAUCAGACCUACACGAUGUAACCUCUGCUUCUCAGAGGUGUGACAAUGUGGGAUGGCAAGAUCAACAUAGAUAAUGUUAAAUUCUUAAGACAACACAUAGCAAAUUAUUGCGUACAGUUGAUAAGAAGAGUCACUUCUGGGGCUCUUUAAUAAAUUAAAAAAUCGGUGAUAAGAUGCUGUUCGCCUUGACUACUCAGGGAGAGGAGGCGUGUUUAUGAGCUUAUCAGAGUUAGACUCAAUUAUUCAACUACUAACUCUAUCACAAAGCAAUCAGCUCUCCUCCUUUUGUUAUCUUCUAGUCGAGAACCACUGGGCACAGAUGUCAAUUCAACAUCUAUUCCACGUUGGUUCAAUGUAAUUUCAUUGAAAUUACGUGGAAAUAGGGCUGGGCGGUAUACCGUAUUUUACAAUAUACCGAUAUUGAUGCACGGACCGGUUUUGGUUUUUACUUUACCUUCUAUAACGGUAUUUGAAUGUUUGGUUUGUUAAAUGUGAUAAGCCGCGUGUAACGUCCAUUUUUAUAGUUUACUUCGCUACUUGAGUCAUCUCUCUCUGCUCUCUCUCUCUCCAUGCCGCUUUCCUAGCCCACCCCGUCACUCAAGGAGCACAAAUGUUGUUCCUCGACCACGAGACACUUGCGUUCAGUCUGCAUGGUCAAUGCAGCAUAUGCAACAAUGUUGAUGAUAACAAUGCAGUUUUCACUUUGCUUCUUAAUAUAAAUCCACUAGCAUUCUAUAAUAACACUAUUAGUUUGUGUUUCUUACAUCUGCAAACAGCUAGUUUGUAUUUUCUUAGCAAGUUGGGCCUAAAUCUUGUUAGCUGCUAAUGCUAAUUGCUAGUUAUCUGGCUAGCUAGCUAGCUAAUAAAUGUACUGAGUCAGAGCAAACGUAAUUAGCUAUACAGCCUGAUAAUAACAGUGAUGGUGUAGACCUAAAUCAGCAUGUUGUUUGUGUAACAGUAUCUUCUAAAUCAAAGAGGAAUACGUGAAGCAUGAAAAUGUUAGCUACAUGAAGUAGCUAAGAGAAAACAUUCAAUGUAGCCAAAGAUUACAGGGUCCCCUAGGAAACACAUUAUCAACACUUUGGUUCCUACCCUGUCACAAUAACUCCUCCCUGGCAUUUUCAUUCAUUGUCAUGUCAAACAACACUGUGCCUAUAGAAUUAGAAUAAUCAUUCUAUUUCCAUGAUUCCAACAGUUCACCCAAGUUGUUUUGCACUAAAUCGCAAGUAAAAUCGCAAUUGCAACAUUUGGUUAAAAAUAAGACCUAUAUUGUGCCCAUAUCAUGCAUCCCUACGUGGCAGUGUGACAAUGAUCUCAAAUUAGUGCAGGAAAUGCAGAAAUUAAUGAAAAUGCUGAAAAGUAUUUUUGGUUGAAGUUUAAUUGAACAGUAUAAAACAAUCAAAAUGGAGAAAGACCCAUUGAAAUCACUUAGAAUGUAUGUGUUGCCACCCUAGGGUCACGCACUACUCAUAAAGCAAAUUUAGAACUUUUAUUAUUCAAAUACAUAAAAUACUGUCAAAUACCGUACAUUUUCUUUUUCAUACCGUGAUAUGAUAUUUUGUCCAUAUCGCCCAGCCCUACUUGGAAACAACGUUGAUUCAACCAGUGUGUGCCCAGUGGGGAGUUCCUUCAUACAGCAGUGAUUAAGGGGAUGUUUAAAGUGAGAAAGUCAUUUCGAAGUCAUUUCAGCUAUUGACGGAAUUGUGCAUGAUUAAUUUGUGUGGCUAUAUGAUUGCAUAUCUUUCAGCACCAAGUCAACCUCCAGGGAAUAUUGAGUGGAACUUGACAAACUCCAAGAUCUUUUUGAAUUGGGAGCAUGUCAAGGCAAUGGGAAAUGAGUCUGAGGUGACAGGAUAUAAGGUGAGUGUUGUCAGUGUAAUAGCAGAAUCUUUGAAAACUAGGAAACAAAUGCAGUUUCUUGGCUUACCUCUACAGCUGUCUUAUCUAUUAAUGACUCCCUGAUCACAAUAGAAAUAUAAACCUUUCCAGUGUCACGUAUGGAUGGUCCAUACAACAUUUUAAAGACUGUUCCUGGUGAUAUGACACAAAACAAACCUGUUUCUCCAUUGUGCUGGGUUUCCACUGAGUAGGUUUGAUUGAACGUCUGCAAUGUUUUGAUAUGGAAACACAAAAUGUGUCCUUGUGGAUAGUUGUUGAGGCAACACUUUCCCUAAUGGCGUCCCUAAUGGCAGAACACCCUGAUGAUACAUUCUUCCCUGCCUUUUGAUCCCUCUGAACUCUGAAUGCUCAGUAGUAAAAAGUGUUUGAACAUGCGUAACAGGAAGCGUUUCAUGUCAUCCUGGGUAUCUGAACUCUGGGAGCAUUCAGCAGAGGAUUAUGACUCAGAAAAGGUGCUGGUUUCUUUUAAAGUAUUAAUUUACAACUGAGCGCCUUUUGCUAAUUUAUUGAUCUGAUGUGGCUCAGAGAUAUGAAAGAGAAGGCGAGGAAGCAGCUGGGUGCCUGUGAAGCUCCACACUCAGACACUAGCCUCCAUGGAGCGCCACAGGGGCCACACUAGCACCUCGCACUAUAAUUUGCAAUUCAUGUCAUCCUCUGGAAAGGGUCUGCAGAGAAAUACAAAUACAAUUUCUUAAGACUAUUUGGCUACACCAGAAAAUACUUUUAUAUUUUUUUCUGAAGAGUUUGUCAGUCUCUGAGAAGCAGCUUCUCUUUCCUAAAAUAAAAAACAGUACAGUGUCAUUAUCCGUAAACCACUAAUUUCUCAUUUACAGUGGGGAAAAAAAGUAUUUAGUCAGCCACCAAUUGUGCAAGUUCUCCCACUUAAAAAGAUGAGAGAGGCCUGUAAUUUUCAUCAUAGGUACACGUCAACUAUGACAGACAAAAUGAGAAAAAGAAAUCCAGAAAAUCACAUUGUAGGAUUUUUAAUGAAUUUAUUUGCAAAUUAUGGUGGAAAAUAAGUAUUUGGUCAAUAACAAAAGUUUCUCAAUACUUUGUUAUAUACCCUUUGUUGGCAAUGACACAGGUCAAACGUUUUCUGUAAGUCUUCACAAGGUUUUCACACACUGUUGCUGGUAUUUUGGCCCAUUCCUCCAUGCAGAUCUCCUCUAGAGCAGUGAUGUUUUGGGGCUGUCGCUGGGCAACACGGACUUUCAACUCCCUCCAAAGAUUUUCUAUGGGGUUGAGAUCUGGAGACUGGCUAGGCCACUCCAGGACCUUGAAAUGCUUCUUACGAAGCCACUCCUUCGUUGCCCGGGCGGUGUGUUUGGGAUCAUUGUCAUGCUGAAAGACCCAGCCAUGUUUCAUCUUCAAUGCCCUUGCUGAUGGAAGGAGGUUUUCACUCAAAAUCUCACGAUACAUGGCCCCAUUCAUUCUUUCCUUUACACGGAUCAGUCGUCCUGGUCCCUUUGCAGAAAAACAGCCCCAAAGCAUGAUGUUUCCACCCCCAUGCUUCACAGUAGGUAUGGUGUUCUUUGGAUGCAACUCAGAUGUCUUUGUCCUCCAAACACGACAAGUUGAGUUUUUACCAAAAAGUUAUAUUUUGGUUUCAUCUGACCAUAUGACAUUCUCCCAAUCCUCUUCUGGAUCAUCCAAAUGCACUCUAGCAAACUUCAGAUGGGCCUGGACAUGUACUGGCUUAAGCAGGGGGACACGUCUGGCACUGCAGGAUUUGAGUCCCUGGCGGCGUAGUGUGUUACUGAUGGUAGGCUUUGUUACUUUGGUCCCAGCUCUCUGCAGGUCAUUCACUAGGUCCCCCCGUGUGGUUCUGGGAUUUUUGCUCACCGUUCUUGUGAUCAUUUUGACCCCAUGGGGUGAGAUCUUGCUUGGAGCCCCAGAUCGAGGGAGAUUAUCAGUGGUCUUGUAUGUCUUCCAUUUCCUAAUAAUUGCUCCCACAGUUGAUUUCUUCAAACCAAGCUGCUUACCUGUUGCAGAUUCAGUCUUCCCAGCCUGGUGCAGGUCUACAAUUUUGUUUCUGGUGUCCUUUGACAGCUCUUUGGUCUUGGCCAUAGUGGAGUUUGGAGUGUGACUGUUUGAGGUUGUGGACAGGUGUCUUUUAUAUUGAUAACAAGUUCAAACAGGUGCCAUUAAUACAGGUAACGAGUGGAGGACAGAGGAGCCUCUUAAAGAAGAAGUUACAGGUCUGUGAGAGCCAGAAAUCUUGCUUGUUUGUAGGUGACCAAAUACUUAUUUUCCACCAUAAUUUGCAAAUAAAUUCAUUAAAAAUCCUACAAUGUGAUUUUCUGGAGAAAGAAAAUCUCAAUUUGUCUGUCAUAGUUGACGUGUACCUAUGAUGAAAAUUACAGGCCUCUCUCAUCUUUUUAAGUGGGAGAACUUGCACAAUUGGUGGCUGACUAAAUACUUUUUUUCCCCACUGUAUGUCAAACUACUGGGUCACUUAAAUUAGUAUUAUUGAUAUCAGAUACUCACCAUGGUAUUCCCUCUCCCGUCUCUAGGUGCUGUACCGUCAGAACUGGCUUGGGAAGACCAGCGUUGUGGAGACCAACAGGACCAGCAUGGAGCUGCAGGUCCCCUCUGGUGAGGACUACCUCAUUGAGAUCAAAGCCUUGAGUGGUGGAGGGGAUGGCAGCAGCAGUGGCCCCAUAAGGAUCCCAAAGAUGUCCGGUAAGAGAUCACUGUUUUUGGCUUUCACCAUUCACAGGAUUAACUUUUGGUACAAUAGAUUCAAGGUUUCCAGAGUGCCUUCAACUAAAUUAUUUCAUAACAAUGAAUCACCCAGGUACUGUAUGUUUGUUGAUGAGUGUUGGUCUUUUUCAGGUCUUAACUCAAAGGGCCAUUUCAACUCAGCUCCAAGCAAGAUUUGUGCAGUUAUGUUUUUUAUACUUUCAAGGUUAACUUUAUAAGACUUAAACAUGUAAUGCCUUUAAUGAACUCUAACUUUCAGAGUCAAGUACUCAACAAAGGAUGUGUUUUAGGUGUACUUUUCACUUCUCAAGAAUGUGAAAUCAACAGCUAACUAUUUAGACUAUUCAACGCAGCUGCAUUGCCUUAUUGUAUGCAUUUUUGUAUUAAUUUGUCAACUAAGCUUUUGAGUGUUUUAUGUCUAGAUUUUAUGCCGAAAAGAUAGGCUUUUACAUAUGAGAAGAUUGUCAAACCUUAGAACAAUCCACAUGAGAUAUUUAUAAAUGGCAGAAAUAUGAAAGUAAUCAAAUGAAGGCACAAACGUGCCCCUUAAUGAUGUUGGUUAUGUCCCUCAGUAAUUACAUAUCAAAAUGUUUAGUUCCCCAUGGCCAUGUCAAGCUUCUCUUUAGAAUAACAUGAUGUCCUUUUCUAAUGGUAGAGAUACAGUACCUUGCCUAUGUGUGCCUCAUCCCUGUGUUUUGUGUGACCUGUUUGUUUGUUAUUGUAAAUGUUCUGUAAGAAUGAUUCAACUGUUGAAACGACCAUGGUUCACUCGGAGGUUGUCCUUUAAUUCCUUAAUGAAGCACAAUGACAGUAUGAUCUGUCUGGUGGCCAUCAACAUUCAGCAGAUUCUGUGAAAAACUAUCCCAGUUCUGUGGUAUAUGGACAUUCUUGAGGUUUCACAUAUGCUAUCGUCAACAUUUAACAGUAUCAUCAUGGUCAAUAUGACCAUCACAGACAUCUUGGCUCAAUAUGCAGAACUAUACAGAAAAACAUGUUAAUGUGUAUUGAAACAGUACCUGGGGAAGAUUUUCUCAAACAUUUUCGAUUAAUUCAACUCUUUCUCCAUGGUUCGUAAUCAAUAUAUUUCAAGUUGUGGCUGAGUUGUGCUUGAUAGGUGUUGCAUAACUGUUUUAAUACUAUUGUAUUAACAAACAAAAGAUAUCUCUGUGAGAUGUAAUUGAGAAUGAAUAAAACAUUUCAAAUUGAAAUGUCUAUUUUAAAUGUGUUUCAUUUCAGGUGUGUGUACCCUUUUGAAAGUGCCAGGGAGAAUGACAGCCAUCAUUCACAGGAGUCAGUGUGACACCCCUCUGCAUUAAUAGUUACCAUUCAGUUACCAUGAACAGGUAGCUCACAACACUGACAGCAUGGCUGCUGUGCUUUCCCUUGCCAAGGUUUUAUUUUUGAACACAAUCAACAUUUAACUGAAUACUUUGGUUCUUGCUUAGCAUAAAAUUAACAAAUCCAAUUCCUGUAGUGUCAGUCCAUGCAUGCAAUUUAGAUUGUUUUAAUCAGAAUUGAAUUACCUGAUUUCGAUUUGAUGCACUGCAACUGGCAGUGAACACUGACCCUACUAAUGAAAAGUGGCAGUUGCACCCACAAACAUUGUCCAGUGCUUUCCAUAGCCUAACACAUCAUGAUUACAUAAUGGUUUAGGGGACUUUAGGGUUAACUGUGCUAAUUCUAUCGAGAAUAUCAAUGAACCUUACUUGGGUUAGACAAGAACAUAUUGCCUGGGAAUAACUACCUUCAUGCUCUUGCUAAUAUUGCCCUAUUAUCAGAUGCACUGAUGUCAAAACAUUGAGAAGUAUCAAGAGAAAAUAAUUGCUCCCUUCAUGCUAACCCACGGUGGUAUUUGUAAGCAGCUCAAUACUGCUGAAUGUAUGUGUAUUGUGUGGAUGUACCUUCCCCACAUGAAACAAAUCUCAUGCUUCCAAUCUAUAUGGUUGCCUGGAGACAAUCCAUUCAAAGCCUUGUGCAUACUGAUUGUUAAUUACCAAUAGCUCAAGGUUAACCUCUCAUGAAUACAGAAAUUAUAUAGAUUAUUUUUCAGAUACUUUUAGAUUACCUUUGAAAUGUUCAUGUUUUCAGAGGUCAGGUCCCCUGUAUGAGCUCUGUUGAACACUGUACACUGCUAGCAUAUGAUUGAAGGCUCUCAUAAUUAUUUCCAAUUAUAACAACUUUCUUAGAAAACAAAUUAACUUGCAACAGGCAAUUAGAAUGGUAAACAUUCAGUAAUAGGAAUAGCGGGUGACAAAGGAAAUCCACGGAACCGUUUUGAAUCAAGCAAAAUAUUUGUCUAGUUGUUUCCUCCUGACAAACAAAGUUAUGUCGAAUGCAUGAUAUUGAAAUGCUGAUUUCUGAUAUUGUAUUUAUUUAUAUUGGAUAUAUUGUACAUGUCAACUUUACAAGCGACAAAUUCAUCAACUCACACACAGGAUGUACUUCAUAAUGUGCCAGGUAACAUUUCAAAUAUGAUAUUUAGGACAGCAAAUGAUACAAAAAGUUCUGUGUACCACAUGGCAGAUGACAUUUCCAAGACGAGGCAUGACACCAAAGUAGAGUAAGUGCAUUCCAGCCAGCCACACAUUGGAAUAAUCUUAUCAGGUUGGCUGACAGGUAAGUGUCUGGACGUGGACAUUAAUCUCCUGAGAACUGCUCUAACUGUGGAGUACCCAGGGAUUUCAUAGCAGAUGCCAGGCCAUCUGAAAAUAGAAGCAGGUGUAGGAAUGAAAGUAGAAGAAGUGUACUUAAAAUGUCCUAUGUCACGUUAUGUUGCACAAAGGUACUAUAUGUGUCUUAAAUAAAACACAGAUAAUUGAUCUGAUCUCUUAACUGAUUAUUUUUCAUCACAGUGUACCAUCAGUAUGUCGAUCAUGAACUGUGAAUUAAUAGUAAAGAUGUCUUAUCGUGGUUAUUACUUAUUCAUAUCCUGAGAGGGACAUACAAUACUAUACCUUCAAAAAGGUAGUUGUCACAGUAACACUGUGAAGAGAUAUGAUGCAGACCUCCAGGAGGGGUUAUAUUCCUCACUGACAGAGUUUAGGUACAGUACCAGUCAAAGGUUUGGACACACCUACUCAUUCAAGGGUUUUUCUUUAUUUUUACUAUUUUCUACAUUGUAGAAUAAUAGUGAAGACAUCAAAACAAUGAGAUAACACAUAUGGAAUCAUGUAGUAACGAAAAAACUGUUAAACAAAUCAAAAUAUAUUUUAUAUUUGAGAUUCUUCAAAGUAGCCACCCUUUGCCUUGAUGACAGCUUUAAACACUCUUGGCAUUCUCUCUACCUUCAUGAGGUAGUCACCUGGAAUGUAUUUCAAUUAACAGGUGUGCCUUGUUAAAAGUUAAUUUGUGGAAUUUCUUUCCUUAAUGCGUUUGAGCCAAUCUGUUGUGUUGUGACAAGGUAGGAGUGGUAUACAGAAGAUAGCCCUAUUUGGUAAAAGACCAAGUCCAUAUUAUGGCAAGAACAGCUCAAAUAAGCAAAGAGAAAUGACAGUCCAUCAUUACUUUAAGACAUGAAGGUCAGUCAAUCCGGAACAUUUCAAGAACUUCACUUCAAGUGCAGUCGCAAAAACCAUCAAGCGCUACGAUGAAACUGGCUCUCAUGAGGACCGCCACAGGAAAGGAAGACCCAGAGUUACCUCUGCUGCAGAGGAUAAGUUCAAUAGAGUUAACUGCACCUCAGAAAUUGCAGCCCAAAUAAAUGUUUCACAGAGUUCAAGUAACAGACACAUCUCAACAUCAACUGUUCAGAGGAGACUGCGUGAAUCAGGCCUUCAUGGUUGAAUUGCUGCAAAGAAACCACUACUAAAGGACUUGCUUGGGCCAAGAAACACGAGCAAUGGACAUUAGUCCAGUGGAAAUCUGUCCUUUGGUCUGAUGAGUCCAAAUUGGAGAUUUUUGGUUCCAACCGUCGUGUCUUUGUGAGACGCAGAGUAGGUGAACGGAUGAUCUCUGCAUGUGUGCUUCCCACCAUGAAGCAUGGAGGAGGAGGUGUGAUGGUGUGGGGGUGUUUUGCUGGUGACACUGUCUGUGAUUUAUUUAGAAUUCAAGGCACACUUAACCAGAAUGGCUACCACAGCAUUCUGCAGAGAUAUGCCAUCCCAUUUGGUUUGUGCUUAGUGGGAUUCUAAUUUGUUUUUCAACAGGACAAUGACCCAAAACACACCUCCAGGCUGUGUAAGGGCUAUUUGACUGAGGAGAGUGAUGGAGUGCUGCAUCAGAUGACCUGGCCUCCACAAUCACCCGACCUCAACCCAAUUGAGAUGGUUUGGGAUGAGUUGGACCGCAGAGUGAAGGAAAAGCAGCCAACAAGUGCUCAGCAUAUAUGGGAACUCCUUCAAGACUGUUGGAAAAGCAUUCCUCAUGAAGCUGGUUGAGAGAAUGCCAAGAGUGUGCAAAGCUGUCAUCAAGGCAAAGGGUGGCUAUUUGAAGAAUCUCAAAUAUAAAAUAUAUUUUGAUUUGUUUAACACUUUUUUGGUUACUACAUGACUCCAUAUGUGUUAUUUCAUAGUUUUGAUGUCUUCACUAUUAUUCUACAAUGUAUAAAAUCGUUUUUUUUUUUUACUGGCCUUCACGACCCAGUCAUGCUUUUCUUGGAUUUCAAUAUAGUCCCAACCCCCACCAUCCAUUGUAAAUCUUAAAUCAUAUAGCAGUCUUAUUUUUGACAAUACUUAAAUAGCUGUUAGAUAGAGAUCAGUUAAUUCAAGUAGGGACAGAUUAGACAUCCCCUCCUAAGGCCAUGUAAUGAAUUUUAUGCAUAAGAACCAGAGAACAUUUGGCCCAGAUUUCCCACAGAUAGCCACAGAAGUGGUGAAAGAUCACUGCAUAUGCACAAAGGAGUGUCAAGGUUUAGAGGAAGUCCCAGCAAAUGCAAUAUUGAAUAAUGUUGGUGAUAGAAAUAGUUUGUCGGAGUUAAAAUCAAAUGUUGUUUUGAAUGGUUGAGAUGUGUUGGAAUCUGUGAUUAAUAAAACAGUAAAUCGCUCUUAGAAUUAUGGAAAUAACCAAGACCUGAUCUCAAGUCCACACAAAACAUCUGCAAAUAUUUGUCAAGGUUUUAAAGAAAUAUUCAAGAGAAUAAGUAGUUGAUUUUAAAAAGAUGCAGGGCACAGAAGUUCUAAGACCCAGGUUAAAGCACUCAUAAUCUGCAAAGUGGCACAAGCUACUUGGCCUGCAAAUGCACAUGAAUAGUCAAGGUUCAGUACUGAUAAAGCUGGUCUCAGGACUGGGAGCUAUGACAGAGACAUAAUCUUUAAGGUAAACAGGAUUAGUACUCAAAGGGAAAGCAUUACCUUACCAACAGUGAGAUCAAAUUGAGUUUAAGUGUGUCAGACACUCACCGUGUGUGGUUGUCUCACCUAGCUAUCUUAAGAUGAUUGCACUCACUGUAAGUCGUUCUCAAUAGCAGCGUCUGCUAAAUGACAAAAAUGUAAUGUAAAUGUUAGCAUGUUCAGUUCAGGACAUUGUAUGUACCCUAUGUAUGUUGGAUUUUAUGUUUGUAAGUGUGUGCAGUACCAAGUCAACUGAUGGUUAUCAUAAAUUGAGGAAUUUGGAGCCAUUGGUUGGCAGAAUGGCUCACUUUUAGAAAAAUAGUUCCAUAUAGAAUCAAAAAGGGUUCUAUUGAUUGCUUCAUAUAUGGAACCUCUAAAAGUGAUAUAUGCACUCUUUGGUAGGGUUCUUCUUCACUGAACCGCCAUUUAUGAAUUAUGGCUACUACUAAUAUAAUAGUAAUAUUAAUAAGAAAAUUAUAUAAUAAAUAAUGAAAUAAUGCACAAAAUAAUACCAACAUAGUUUUGAGAUUUUAUUGUCAUUAUAGUCACACUCAAACAAACAGUUUAGAUAUUGCAAACAUUGUUUGGAAAUAUGCACUGGUGGGCAGGGAGGCACUUUGUUUGAAUGAAGGCCCAUGUCAAUCUUGGUAACUCUGGAUGCCUUCACAGGGUUCAUGCCUUCUUUAUGGAAAAGGACUGUAUGGGUUAUUGCCUGGCUGGUUCCUGAGAAGAAGAAAAAAAGGAGCAUAAACUUGAGUCAAUCUUAUACCUGCAAGAAUGAAGGAAAAAUGCUAUGCAGACAUAUAAUUAUUAUGAUGUAGAAGACCAACUUACAUGCAGUUGCUGACAUCAGUAGCAAUGAUAUUUGGGUUCAGCGGCAACAUAGCUAGUCCCUUUUUCUGAAAAGGGUUCUUACAAUUUAACCAAAGAACGAAAAGGUUCUAUAUAGGUGUGCAUAUUGUCAAGUCAAUCUGUAAGGUCAACUCUGAAGGGUUGAUAGAUUGAGAUUUUGAUAGUAGUUGACAUUAUGGCCAAAACAAAAGUGAACAAAUCAUUUAUUCAAAAAUGUAAGUAAAAAAACAUAUACUUGCAAUAAACAUUCAAAAUGUUAUGUGGCCAACUUUGAUACAUUUUUUUAAUGUAUACAGUUUAACUCUUUAGAACCCAUAGCAGCCGUCAGUGGGCUUUUUAAAAAAUACUAUAGCGACCGCGAACUGCCUUGUUUUUCAAACAAUAAUGUCUGUGUCAAUAUAGCAAAAUUAACUUGCAAACAACUUGUCGUAGUAUUUGCAGGGCUGUUGUCAGAAACCAGAAACCGGAAACAGGGUAUGCUGUCAUUUGACUUAAAAAAGAAAGAAAAUCACUUAAUUACUCAAAAUGACGGCGCCGAAGCGGACACGACUUUUCACUGUGAAAGAGGCUGUAUAUAUGUUGGUUGGUGAUACAGCUAACUAGUUGGUUGUUUUGUCUUGUUUCUACCGAUGUAAAUCAUAUAGAAACGGCCCAAGCUGCUUGCUAUAGCUAGCUAGCUAGCCAGUUAGUCUGUCAGGCAAGAAAAGUUGUGUGUAGUGCUCACAAAGCAUCAACCUCAGCUGUCACUUUCACUAGCUAGCCAUACAGACGAUCAGCUAACUAGUCACCAAAAUGAAGGUUGGAGUAGUUUGUGUUUAUCUGUUGGGCUUAGGUUAUGGUUUGUCAUGUUUGCUAGGUACAGAUAUUCAUAGGCUAUACAUUGCCUCGUUUUCCUAUUAUUUGACAGCUUAGCUGUUGUGUUAGGGUAGAUGCCCUCGCAGUAGAGCUCAUAUGAUAUUGAGUUGGAUAUUUGUUUACAUAGCCAGCUAACAAGUUGCUUGUUUAGUCCAGCUUCGUAACUAAUCAGCUAACAUUGGCGAACUCUGUAGUUAGUCUGUCAGGCAAGAAAGCGAGAGUUGAUUGGAGGCGAGAGAGAGAGAGAGAGAGAGAGAGAGAGAGAGAGAGAGAGAGAGAGAGAGAGAGAGAGAGAGACUGUGUGAGAGGGAGAGAGAGAGAGUAUAUGUUCCUGACCACAAUUGUCUCCUAUUUGUUGCUCCUCUCCCUCUGUUACUCUGUUCCUCUUUGUCAGUGGAAGAGAGGGAAGUGAUAUGGUGAGUCAGGGCUCAGCAGCAAAAGGCAGGGAGGAACAUGAGUUAAGAGAUGAUUGGAGGGAUAGAGAUGUGGAGUGAGGAGGAAUGGAAGGAGAGGAGAGUGGCGGGAGAGAGGAAGAGGACAGUAAAGAGGGAGAGGAGAGAAGAGGGAGAGAGGAGGAGGAGAGUGAAGAGCAGGGAGAGGAGAGUGGAGGGAGAGAGGAGGAGGAGAGUGAAGAGCAGGGAGAGGAGAGUGGAGGGAGAGAGGAGGAGGAGAGUGAAGAGCAGGGAGACGAGAGUGGAGGGAGAGAGGAGGAGGACAGUAAAGAGGGAGAGGAGAGUGGAGGGAGAGAGGAGGAGGAGAGUGAAGAGCAGGGAGAGGAGAGUGGAGGGAGAGUAACAGAGAAAAAGAGGGAGAGGAGGAGGAAGAGGGAGAGGAGAGGAAGAGGGAGAGAAGGAGGGAGAGGAGUUGGGAGAGGAGGGAGAGGAGGUAACAGAGGGAGAGGAGAGGGAAGAGGG